CUGGAUCCCGCCCGGGGAGGAGGGGGAGAGCCUGUGCGUUACCCCUUCACAGUGAUCUCAACAGCGGUGAAGCUCAGACUCGGAAUCCGCUACGUCAAACAGAUUAGUCAAAUAACCUCUCUGGGUAGGACAUACCUCCGAUCUUUGGGGCUUGCCGUGCUGCAUCCAUGGGCUGAGGAAGCAACAUAUAGUGUGACAAAUAGCCAGGGAACCUUUGGCGAAAUACAGAAGUGCACUACUUUUCUUUUUCUUUUUUUUGUGUGUCUGAGUGAGACGAGUGUGGUGAUCCUCCAGCAGCGUCUCUUCUUCUCUCCCCACCCCUGGUGCGAAAUGGCGAAAGAAAACGGCGAGUCCAGCGAUGGAUCUUGGAAAAAGCAUGUCGAUGAUAUCAAGAAGAUAUUUGACUUCAAGGAAGUCCUUGGGACGGGUGCGUUUUCUGAAGUGGUGAUGGCUCGGGAGAAGGCAACCGGAAAGAUGGUUGCAAUCAAGUGCAUCCCGAAAAAAGCGCUGAAGGGAAAGGAGACGAGCAUCGAAAAUGAAAUUGCUGUGCUAAGGAAGAUAAAGCAUGAGAAUAUCGUGGCUCUGGAGGACAUCUACGAGAGCUCAAACCACCUGUACCUCAUAAUGCAGCUGGUGUCUGGAGGUGAGCUGUUUGACCGCAUCGUAGAGAAAGGUUUCUACACAGAGAUGGAUGCCAGUCGGCUCAUUCGACAGGUUUUGGAUGCAGUCAACUAUCUGCACUCUAUGGGCAUAGUGCACAGAGACCUAAAGCCUGAGAACCUGCUGUACUUCAGUCCCCAUGAUGAAUCAAAGAUCAUGAUCAGUGACUUUGGCUUGUCAAAGAUGGAGGGAACCGGUGACGUGAUGGCCACCGCCUGUGGGACUCCAGGAUACGUGGCUCCUGAAGUUUUAGCUCAGAAGCCCUACAGUAAAGCUGUGGACUGCUGGUCUAUUGGGGUCAUCGCUUAUAUUCUGCUGUGUGGUUACCCUCCUUUCUAUGAUGAGAAUGAUUCAAAGCUCUUUGAGCAGAUUCUCAAGGCAGACUAUGAGUUUGACGCACCAUAUUGGGAUGACAUAUCCGACUCCGCCAAAGACUUCAUCAGCUGCCUAAUGGAAAAGGACCCAGAAAAGAGAUUCAUCUGUGACCAGGCUCUUCAGCACCCUUGGAUUGCUGGAGACACUGCUCUCUGCAAGAACAUACAUGAAUCAGUCAGUCGACAGAUGCGGAAGAACUUUGCCAAAAGCAAAUGGAGGCAAGCUUUCAAUGCGACGGCUGUGAUCCGCCACAUGAGGCGCCUGCAGCUGGGCACCAGCUUUGGCAGCAGCAUUCACAACGCCAACUCCGUUUCCAACCCUCAGAGUCGUGCUCCAGCCAAGAGCCAGUCUGUGGACUGUGCCCCGCUCUCCCUGGAGGACUGUCCUCCAAUAGAACCUUUGCCCUCUGCUGUUAAAGUGUACACUCAGGACUCUGAUGCCUCUUCUCCUGUACGAGAGGAACCAUCUGUGGUGGCCGAGCCACCGCGGCCACGACCCUCCACUGUUACAGUCAUCCACACUGGGACUAAAUGACGCCAGGUUCCGCGGGAGGUGAGCUGGGAGACCACAGAGCUUUGAGACGGGAUACAACCAACCCAGGCCUCAACGUCGUCGCCCAGUUCGCCCAUCCUGCAACCUCCCAUCUGAUUCUGCCAACCACGGGAGGAAUUUGAGGAGCGUUGGCUCUGCUCCAUUUACCGUGGCUCAGCACGGCACCCCCGUUGCUUCCCUUCUCACUGUCAUACAGACCUGGAAGUACAGAGGGGAAGAUGUUCACCAGAAGUUAUUGUGGAAGCCAUGUUCAGCCUGGAUCAUGGUUGUCUGGCAGAUAAACAAGCAGCUGGGAAGUCCCACACUAAAGCGAACUCUUUAUUGAAGCUGCUAUCAGUUUUGACUGUGAGCGUAUUGAGAAAAGGACGCUCCAUUGUAUGCCUUUUGUAAAUAUCUUGCCUGGAAAUGUUGAGUGGAGUCGUGUUAUGCAAGUGAAAUAUAAGCUUCAAGCUGUGGUAAAUAAUUGUGACAUCUUCUGCGCUCUGAACUUCUUGUUGUUGUUUUGACAGCUCUUCUUAAUUUGCUGUGGUAUUUGCUACAAUGGCUCCCAACAGUGUGACAUAUGUGUUAUUGCUCUCUCCUUGCUUUUAAAGUGUGCGGACAGGAAAUACGAGCAGGGCGGUGUGCUUCAAUCACGGCUGUGAUCGCUGAGAGGGCUGGUGCAUUGCGCUUACGUAUUGGAUAAUUUAUUUUCUUACAAUAUAUUAUUUUGGAAGAAAUGUGUUAAGUGUUAUAAGACUGACCUGGAAAGCUAUUGAAUUGGAUGAUAAAGAUACAGUAUCUAAUAGUUGUUACUUUGUAAUUGCUAUUUUAUUUGAAUUCAUUUUUUGACGUGACUGUGAAGUCCUCCUUGGCCACAGGAGGGCAACCACGUGUUGUUGCUGUGUGACCAGUUCUCAGGGAUGUGCUCCAACAUGAAGCCAAACAAACCCUUCUCACUGCUUAUGAGGAUGUUGAUGGUGAUAGUUGAAAAGGUAAACCUCCUCCUGCAGAUUAUUCUAACGUGCCAUUGGGAGAGUUCGAUUGAUGGUUUAUUUCUUUAAAUCCAUCAUUAUUGACCGUAUGAGUGUAAUGUAACUUGUACUUAAAUGGAUUGUUUUCCCUUUAAAAACGUUGACUUAUAUUUGGAUUUAAAGAAAGUGUUUAUCAGUGAAGUGCACAGUCGUGUCUGCAGUAAAAAUGUAAAAUGACAAAUGAAUGCAAACGUAUCUAGAUAACGAUUGCUCCCAUUGCAGAAAUCAUCAAAUCAGUACUUUACAGUUCAGUAGUCGUACUAUCGUGCUCUGCUUCCGCUCAUGAAGCGGCUGGUCUGAGGACAGCUCACUUACUCUGUGUUUAAUCACUGUGUUUUCAUACACGCCUGUUGAAUUUAGCAGAAAGACUCUUUCUCCUUUUCUCCUCCGCUCACUCUCUAGAGCAGAGAGCUUCAACAAGGGGUCGGGGACCCGUAGGGGGUCAUCAGAGUUGCUGCAGGGGCCACCAAAUUAUUGUUCAAUAGUUUAAAAAAAAUAUUAAAAUUAAAAUGUGUCUGAAAAUAUACAUCAACAUAUUUGUAGAGAUAAAUCUUUUUUUUUUUCAUUUACACAACAUUGAUGCUAGGCAUACUGACCUAUAGGUAUGGUAGCCAUCCACAGAUACAGUUAACCCUAAGGAUUCACUGUGCCAGCUGAGGGGUCCUUGGCCUAGACAACAUUGAAGACCCCUGCUCUAGAGACUUUCACACAAAGAAGAGAAGGGACCGGUCUUUGUGUUUUCUCUGUGGUACCUGUAUUUCCUUUUAAAUCACUCAACAUGAAUGGUUUAAAAAAAAGAACACUCUAUCAGAACAUGCCCAAUAUCGAGGGCUUUGCCAUCUUGAAUUAUCUAGAAAUGUUGUGGUGAAUAUUGACAUCUACGUACUGUAAAUACAAAUCUCAACACAGUU